GGGGCCGUGUGGGGGCCGGGCCGGGCGGACGGCGGGAUGGGCUGCACCGUGAGCGCCGAGGACAAGGCGGCGGCCGAGCGCUCCAAGAUGAUCGAUAAGAACCUGCGGGAGGACGGCGAAAAGGCGGCGCGGGAGGUGAAGUUGCUGCUGCUGGGUGCUGGGGAGUCAGGGAAGAGCACCAUCGUCAAGCAGAUGAAGAUCAUCCACGAGGAUGGCUACUCAGAGGAGGAGUGCCGGCAGUACCGGGCAGUCGUCUACAGCAACACCAUCCAGUCUAUCAUGGCCAUCGUCAAGGCCAUGGGCAACCUGCAGAUUGACUUUGCUGACCCCUCCCGCGCGGACGACGCCAGGCAGCUGUUUGCACUGUCUUGCACGGCCGAGGAGCAGGGCGUGCUCCCUGAGGACCUGUCUGGCGUCAUCCGGAGGCUCUGGGCUGACCAUGGUGUGCAGGCCUGCUUUGGCCGCUCGCGGGAGUACCAGCUCAACGACUCAGCCGCCUACUACCUGAACGACCUGGAGCGCAUUGCGCAGAGCGACUACAUCCCCACGCAGCAGGAUGUGCUACGGACCCGUGUGAAGACCACGGGCAUUGUGGAGACACAUUUUACCUUCAAGGACCUACACUUCAAGAUGUUUGAUGUGGGUGGUCAGCGGUCUGAGCGGAAGAAGUGGAUCCACUGUUUUGAGGGUGUCACGGCCAUCAUCUUCUGUGUGGCCUUGAGUGCCUAUGACCUGGUGCUGGCUGAGGACGAGGAGAUGAAUCGCAUGCAUGAGAGCAUGAAGCUGUUUGACAGCAUCUGCAACAACAAGUGGUUCACAGACACGUCCAUCAUCCUCUUCCUCAACAAGAAGGACCUGUUCGAGGAGAAGAUCACCCACAGCCCCCUGACCAUCUGCUUCCCCGAGUACACAGGGGCCAACAAGUACGACGAAGCAGCCAGCUACAUCCAGAGCAAGUUUGAGGAUCUGAAUAAGCGCAAGGACACCAAGGAGAUCUACACGCACUUCACGUGCGCCACUGACACCAAGAACGUGCAGUUUGUGUUUGACGCCGUCACUGACGUCAUCAUCAAAAACAACCUGAAGGACUGCGGCCUCUUCUGAGGGGCAAGCGGGGCCUGGCAGGAUGGGCCAUCGCCGACUCUGCUCCUCCCCCAACCCCGAAGAAGAUGGGGCAAGAGGACCACGCUGCCCACCGGCCCCCACUGGCGCUUCUCUCUUUUCCUCUCUGUUCUCGGCUCCUCCUUCCCCUCCCUCAGCUCCAGAGACUUGGGGGAGGGGCUACCGCAGGCCUCCCUAGCUGAAGCCCGCCCUUGUCCAAGGUGCCGGGAAUGGCCAUGGGUACCCCCUUCCUGGGCAUCCGUUCUGGUUUUUAACUGUUGUCUUGUUCUCUGUUUUGGGGGGGGUGCGAGGGGGAGGCACACACGGAGUCUCCCAAGGCCUGUGGCUGGAGGGGCUCCCACUUCUCCAGCUCGUCACCCCUGGCUUUGCCCAACACCAGCCCCUGACCCAGCCCAAGUCCAAAUGUUUACAGGGAGCCUCCCACCCACCCACCCACCCCGCCAGCCACUCGGAGGCCCCAAAGGAAAAAGCACAAGAGACGUGAGACGCCACCAUUCCUGGAGACCACAGUCCACCUGCUCAUUCUCGUAGCUUUUUAAAAAAAAAAAUCAAAGUUAAAAAAAAAAAAAGAAAGACAAGAAGACCGUAAACCUAGAAAGCAUUUUAGAGAAAACUAUUUAAAAUUGUCAGGUCCUGACCAG